AUGCCCUCCAUAUUCGCCUGGCUCCGGCGGGUUUACUCACUUGAUACCCUCGACACCCGCUUUACCUCCACCGCAAUCACCCCUAACGCUGACACGCGACGUCCCGCAAAAGAUGCCCGCGCCAAUGCAAUCGCCCAGGGCGCCUCGCCUUCGCUCUGGCGCACACCGGAGUUUUUCAUCUACUAUGUCUUCUUCAUUGUUCUUGUUCCAUUGAUGUUCAAGACCGUCGUUGAUGCGUCCAAGGAAACCCACCCCAUCUACUCGAAAUAUUCAAACCUUCUAUCCCCCGGUUGGAUUCCCGGCCGCCUGGUUGACAACUCCGACACACAAUAUGCGAGUUUUCGCGAUAAUAUACCGCCCCUUCUUCUACUCCUCAUCGCACACCCUCUAGUUCGCCGCGCCUACCAAUGGUACACGAACCGAUCGAAAACCGAAACAAGGCCAUCGACCCAUGCCGUAGUUGGUGCGGGCGAAGCACAACUCGAACAGCGGAUGCGCUUUGAUGUAUGGUUUGGACUGGUGUUCAUCACUGUCUUGCACGGAGUGUCAGCCCUGAAGGUGCUGUUUAUUAUCUAUAUCAACUUCCGAAUUGGCAAAGAUGUUCCUCGCCCCUACGUCCCCGCUGCCACCUGGGGUUUCAACCUUUGCAUUUUGUUUGCCAAUGAACUAUGCGGCGGCUACCCACUUGAAAAGGCAGUCAAAAUUCUUGUGCCAGGCUCUGGCUCUACAGUCGAGGAGGCCAGCGGACUUGUUCAAUGGGCUCAGACCGUGGAUGACCUCGGAGGCCUCAUGCCGCGAUGGGAAGUCCUCUUCAAAGUUACUGUGCUGCGUCUUAUCAGUUUCAACAUGGAUAACUACUGGAGUGUAGACUACCCCGCGGCGAGCCCGAUUGAAGUGAGUGACAUUCAAGGAACCCUGUAUCUCGAUAGGACAGCGCAACUGACCGUUUUCCACAAGAAGAAGCAACUUGACCCUGCAUCCCUUUCUGAUCGUGACCGAGUCAAGAUCCCCGCAGGACCAGCUGCUUUCACUUUGCGCAAUUACAUUGCAUACGUGCUCUACUCCCCAUUAUAUCUAGCUGGUCCGAUCCUGACAUUCAAUGACUAUGUAUCGCAGCAGCGAUAUACAGCCGCAUCAGUCAGCCGUGCCCGCACUGUGAUGUACGGCAUUCGUUUCGGACUCACUCUCCUCUGCAUGGAGUUGAUACUUCACUACAUUUAUGCCGUGGCAAUCUCCAAAGCGGACCCCGACUGGUCGGUUUUCACACCAGGUCAACUCAGCAUGCUGGCCUUCUUCAAUCUGCACAUCAUCUGGUUGAAGCUUCUCAUUCCAUGGCGUUUCUUCCGUCUCUGGGCUCUAGUUGAUGGUAUUGAUCCGCCCGAGAACAUGGUACGCUGCAUGUCAAACAAUUAUUCUGCCUUCGCCUUCUGGCGAGGUUGGCACCGCUCCUACAACCGAUGGAUCGUGCGCUAUAUCUACGUCCCACUGGGCGGAGGCGGAGGUGGCCAGCGGUCAACCGGAGCGCCCAAGCCAGCAUCACCACCGAAGUCGAACUUUAUGAACAAAUUCAUGCAAAUUCGCAACUUCCUUAUGGUGUUCACAUUCGUCGCCCUGUGGCACGACAUCAACCUCCGGCUUCUCAUGUGGGGUUGGCUAGUGACACUCUUCGUUCUACCUGAAGUGCUGGGGGGUAUGUUCUUCCCCGCUCACCGAUGGCGCUCGCGUCCAACCACGUAUCGUGUUCUCUGUGGCAUCGGCUCUGUUGGAAAUGUCCUCAUGAUGAUGGUCGCAAACUUGGUUGGCUUUGCAUUGGGCCUGGACGGACUGAAGGAUCUCCUUACUAGUUUAACUGGCUCCUACUCAGGUCUGGCAUAUAUGGUUUCCUGUUGCGUGGUGCUUUUCGUCGGCGUUCAGGUUAUGUUUGAAGUUCGCGAGGAUGAGCUCCGCGCGGGCAUCAAUCUGAAGUGCUGA